AUGUGCACGCCGAGCAUCGGCCCGCCAUACACCACCGCGGUCCAGUUCAUGUUUGCCGGUCUGGACGUUGCAUACACGGUCAGCACUGCAUCACCAAGAAACGGAGGGGAUAUAAACCUACGUCAGCUUCGAGCCCGUAUACGUCGGAAGACACAGGAUCGGCAGCAUCAAGAUCACAAACGCCACGCCCAACAUCCCGAUGAUGGGGCUGUACCGGCCCAGGCUCCACGGGCCGGGCCGGAACUUCUCCUUGACGACGAACACGCGGAUGGCAAUGGGGAUCGCAAAGGCGACGAACGAGGCGAUGGCGCCGAUGGAGAACAGGGCGCCCAUGGCCAGCUCGCCGGCGAAGAUCAGCAGCGUCGCCAGAAUGCCGAUGGCGCAGUUGAUCCACACCGCGUUCACGGGCGUCGUCGUGCGCUGGUUGACCUUCUUCCAGACGUCCGAAUACGGGAAGCAGCCGUCGCGCGCGUACGCGUACGUGACUCGCGACGCGGCGAUCAUGCAGCCGUGGCCCAUCGAGAAGCCGCAGAUGAUGGUCAGCGCGAGAAUGGCCACGGCGAUUUUCCGGGGCAUCACCUGGAAGAGGAACGACGCCCAGGGCUGCGACAGGUCCGACUCCAUCACCUCCCGGAUGUCCUUGACCGUGUAUGCUACCGCCACCUGCAGAAGCCAGCCCGCAAUGCCGCCAAACGUCGACGUGAGCACGAUGGCUCGGGGCGCCGCAAUGUUGGCGUUGGAGCAUUCUUCUGUGAGAUGGAAGGGGGAAUCGUAUCCGGACAUGGUCCAAAUCACGCUGACGAAAGACAUGAGGACGGCUACCCCGUCUGGAUAGGAGGUCCCCUUGUACACUUUCUUCCAGACGUCUGCAGAAGAGUUGAACCUUGGGGAAUUUGUGGUCCCAGCAGGGAUAGCUAUAAGGACAGUGAUGAGGGCGAGAAGGUUGAAAGCUGA